AUGGCUGUUUACGCUAUAUCGCGAAACGACGGCGAGAACAACGAGCCGUACUUCACCCGCAUGAUCGCCAAUGCUACGGCCGGACUACACGAGAAGUGGACUUCGCAGAAUGACCACCACGUGCGCAUGAUCGAGCAGGCGGGUGAGGACAGGGUGCUGUUCUUGAACACACGGCCGCAGGAAUAUGUUGAGAUGAAGUUUCCCGAGAUCAUGAACGUCGGAUCGCCGUACAACGUCCCCGCUGGAAGUCAAGUCCAGAUGGACAAGGUCAUCGAGAAGUACAAGAAGCUUGCGAACGAGGACAACGAGCGUAAGCUGGAGAAGUUGAGGAAUAACCAGAUCUCCUCUGAGCAGCCAUUCGAGGGCAAGACCCGCGUCAAGAAGGCACCUGAUAUGUUCUAG